AUGCCAAUGCUGCUGCUCUUUUUCUCUGUUGUUGCCCUCCUUUUGAACAAGGGAGUACAGACCGAAAACGACAUAUCCGUAAAAGGGAGCUUAACAGUGGCAAACUUACAAAUAUCGUCAAAAGAUAAUAGAGAGAACGGAAUAACAUUUUGGAGUGAAGGAACGGAAUACAAGUUAGGACUAAAUGCGCAAAAUGAAUUUAUGAUAAGUAAAAAAAAUAAACCAUUGAUAAGUAUUGAUGAACAUGAUAAUUUAAAUUUUCUGAACCCCGAUUUAUCUGUUAAAGUGUUAAAUAUUGAAGGAAAUUUAAAAAUUAGGAGUAUUUCUCAAUUUCAGUUGGUUGUACACGAAAAUUUUGCAAAUAGCUCAAAUACAAAAGGAUGGUCAGGUGAAAAUUUUGAUAAUUUUACGUCUAUAUGUGGUGGAAUACAUUUAUUAGGUGGUUAUGGUAAACUGUCUAAGGGACGAAUUUAUAAAACUUUUGAAAAUAUUCCUAGUCAUACUCAAAUACGUAUUAAAUGUAAUUUUCAUUUUAUUGACAAUUGGAAUAAUCAAACAGCUUAUUUGAAAAUUGGAAGGGAUGAAAAAGAAGAUCUUUUUUAUGUUUGGACUGAUACACAUUCACAAGUUAAUAAAGAAAACUCUAUAAAUAUUUGUGGAAAUUCUACUGGAGAAUCCAAAUUUUUUUCAUUAAUUGAUGUUAUUAUACCUCACAAUUCGAGCAAAUUGAUUGUUGAGUUUGGUACUAACAUUCAAAAAGAUGAUCCGAAUGACAUUUCGUGGGGUAUUUCCAAUUUUCAGUUGUUCAUAGUAUGA